AUGGGAGAGCUUCGCGUCUGCUCCGUUCUGGUGACUGGGGCCAACCGGGGAAUCGGCCUGGGGCUUGUCCAGCAUCUCCUGGGGCUGCCAAACCCACCCAAGUGGGUCUUUGCAGCUUGCCGGGACCCCGAGGGACAGCGAGCACAGGCAGCCAGAGUCGGGGAGCAGCUGGGGGGCUCGGGGCUGAACCUCCUCAUCAACAACGCUGCAAUGCUGAUAUGCAACACCCUUGAUACGGAGACGCUGGAGAGCAUGACCCAGGUCUACACCACCAACACGAUUGGGCCCAUGCUGCUGAGCCAGGCGUUCCUGCCCUUGCUGAAGAAGGCUGCCCAGGGGAGCCCGGGCUCAGCGCUGCCGGGCUCGGAGCGGAUCUGCAACAAGCCAGCCAUCGUCAACAUGUCCAGCUCUGGGGGCUCCAUUAAGGAUGUCUACCUAUUCGAUCGUGCACCAGUUCUGUCGUAUCGCUGCAGCAAGGCUGCUCUGAACAUGCUGACCAAGUGCCAGUCCCUGGGGUACCGGGAGCACGGUGUCCUCUGCGUGGCUCUCCACCCCGGCUGGGUGCAAACCGACAUGGGGGGCUCAGGGUCACAAAAGCCUCCCUUGACGGUUGACGACAGCGUGCGAGGGAUGCUGAAGGUGCUCUGCUCCCUCUCCGAGAAAGACACCGGCACCUUCCUGGACUGGGAAGGGAAUGUUGUGCCCUGGUGA